ACCUAUCACAUCAUCACAUGGUGAUGUAGCGUUUCUGUUUUUAUACGUACAUCUAUCCAAGUCCGUAUUGCGUCCUGUUUAGAUUAUUUUACGUUAGUGAAAAAUUAUACUUGAUAGUCUAUUUCUGUAAUCGUUUAAACGUGUUUAAUCCAUUUGAAAUAUAAUUACAAUUAGUAUUAUUUUUUAAUACUGCACCGAUAAUCAGUAAUUGAUAACAGACAAUACCUUAACCUAACCUCUAAACGUUGAUAUUAUUUGUGAGUAAAUUUGCAAAGUCAAAUUUAGAUACUUGAUAAAAAGAAAAUGCCGAAAGUACGUAGAAGUAAGAAAUCACCACCAGAAGGAUGGGAACUCAUCGAGCCAACUUUAGAAGAGUUGGAAUCAAAAAUGCGUGAAGCUGAAACAGAACCUCAUGAAGGAAAAAGAAAACAAGAGUCUUUGUGGCCUAUUUUUAAAAUUCAUCAUCAAAAAUCUAGGUACAUCUAUGACCUAUUUUAUCGAAGAAAAGCAAUCAGUAGAGAAUUAUAUGACUACUGUUUAAACGAAAAUAUUGCUGAUAAAAACCUCAUAGCGAAAUGGAAAAAAGUAGGUUAUGAAAAUCUAUGCUGUUUAAGAUGUAUUCAAACAAGAGAUACCAAUUUUGGUACGAAUUGUAUUUGUCGAGUACCUAAAGGAAAAUUAGAAGAAGGUAGAAUAGUGGAAUGCAUACAUUGCGGAUGUCGAGGUUGCUCAGGAUAAUGUAGGCAAAAUAUAAGUUUAUUUUAUUAUUAAAACUUAAUUAUGUAUAACAAGGAAACAAUUUUUUAUACAUAUUUGUAAUUUAAAUUUAUCCGAUUAAGAUAUUUCAUUUAUUUGUAAUAUCCCAUAUUUUUAAGGCAUGUCGUAAAUACGAUGGAAUUUAUUGUAUAAUUUCUAAGACUAUUUUUGUUGAAAUUUUCGUUAUAAUUAAAUAAAAUAUUUUUGUGAGUACUAUUA